GAGGGGGAGGAGGAGGAGGAGGCGGUUGUUGUUUAAAGAGGAGGGGGAGUUGGAUGUCCUGGGGAAGGCUAAAGGUGAGAGGUCAGGCCUUGGCCUAGUUGCCCCGAAAGGGGGAGAAGGGGGAGGCUCCGGUGGUCAAGCUCGGAAGGAGAGUCCAGAAGCUGAGGAAGGAUGACAGACAUGGCAGAUAACCACAAGGAGAGUUGGGCGGCCUUGGUUGCCGCAGCAGAACAGUACCGGCGUCAGACAGGAAACGAGAUUGUGCUGCUCACCGCCUUCCGGGCCCCGCCCCCGACCGGCUUCAGCUACAUGCAGCAUGGAAGUGGUGCUCUGGCGGACGCCGUCCAACGCUACCUCGAAGAUAUUGCGGUGGUUCACAAGACCACUGCCUUCACCUAUGCGGCCCGCCCUCCCUCCGCCCCUCGGCCACCUCCCAGCCAUGACUCCUAUUCCAGGAGCUUGCCCCCGACCUACGCUCCAGAGGAGCCUGCCCCACACCGGACACCCACGCCCCAGGGGCCCUUGCCACAGGCCUCCGAAGUCCAGGAACCCGAAGAUGAUGAUGAUGAAGGAGACAGGAACACGUUGACUGAGUUGGAGCAGCCAGGUGGGAGAGACCAUCCUAGUGACACCACCGGUCUGUUUGUGAUGGAUGAGGACUCCCCAACACAGGACUACGAACCCUUCUUUGACUCCGAUUUGGAAAGCACUGAUGAUGGGAGUCUGAGCGAAGAGGCUCCAGGGCAGGUGGCCCCCCCAACACUCAGCCAUCAAUAUGCCAAAUCCUUGCCGGUGUCAGUGCCCAUCUGGGGCUUCAAGGAACAGCGGCAAGAGCUGCGAUCUUCAGAUGAAGAGACCAGCAAGCAUUCAUCUCCUGAUCUUGAGAAGAUUGCUGCCAGCAUGCGGGCGCUGGUGCUGCGAGUCUCGGACGGCACAGAGAUGUUUGGGGACCUGCCUCGGCCACGGCUCAACACGAGCGACUUCCAGAAGCUGCAGCGGAAAUACUGAUGGAUCUGGGGGGUCCCUUUGCCUCCCCCUCCCCAGUUGGUGCCCUUCUCCCCCACUCCCUUCAAAGUCCGGUGGACAGGGUUGGAAGCUGCCCUCAAGCCAUACAGUCCAAAUCUUCCCUCCUCUCCAAGCUUGAGCUCCCAUAAACUUUAACUUACAGUGAUCACCUCAAUCUCACACUACAGUUGGGCUGGAGGGUCUCAUGAACCCCCUCCUCUCUCCAGCUCAGAAAACCUGUCCUACAUUGUCCUUUAUCUUGGAUAACUAGGAGUGACGAUAGCUGUUCUGUAAGGGGGUACUGACAUCCAUACAUUUAAAUGAGGAAAGAAAAAACACUACAAAGAGUUACUGACAAAACUUUCACCGCAUCCCCCUUUGUGUGCUCCCCACUCUACCAACCCUGGCUGCUGAUGGCUCCCUUAAUCAGAAUAGUUUUUCUUUUCUUUUCUAAUCCCUGUUUCCCUUAUAAGUGUCUUAAAAGAUCCUUUGCACAUAGGCUGGGUUUGUCUGCACUUCAGUUUGAGCCCUCGUUGGAGUGAUGGGGAGGUACUGUCAUUUUCUUCUUCUUCUCUCCCCUCUCUUCUUCCUCCCCAUGCAGAAGUCUCUGCCAGUUUGCAGGAGUGGCAUUUCAGGGUCUUUCCUUUUCCUGUUGCGGAGGGUGGUUCAGAUAUGAGCCUUGAUGGGGGCUCUAAGAGUCACACACAACCCUCUGUUUAUCCCCUUCUUUCUGCCACCUUGCUCGCCCAGCAUACUUUUGUAUCAGAUUUUCAAGGGCUCUUUCUGGCUCUGGCCCUCUAUUUUUGUCCAAAGAUGAUUGGUGAAUUGGAAGGGAGAGGAUGUAUUAUUUUUUUCUCCUUCCUGCCAACCUACUAGCCAAUAAUAAAAAUAUGUCUUUUACCAA